UGUGAGUGAGCCUAUGAACUUUGGAAGGGUGUGAAGAAAUCUAGUCUCUGAUUAACAAUGGAGAAACUGGCGAUUCCUUGCCAAACAAAGCCUCCAAUUUCCGUCCCCGCUUCAAUUAUCAAAACCAAACCCCUUAAAUUCUCCUCAAAACCAACUCAAACUACUAUAUUUUUCACCCAGAAAACCAGUUCAAAGUCCAAUGACGACCAUUUGAGUUACCUUUGCCGCCAUGGCCUCCUCCGAGAAGCCAUAGCAGCCAUUGAUUCAAUGUCCAGACAUGGGUCUAAGUUAAGCACUAACACGUAUAUCAAUUUGCUUCAAACUUGCAUAGAUGCGGAUUCUAUUGAAGUGGGUCGUGAGCUUCAUGUUCGUCUCUGUUUAGUUGAUCAGGUGAACCCAUUUGUCGAGACGAAGCUAGUAAGCAUGUAUGCGAAAUGUGGGUUUCUAAAAGAUGCACGUAAGGUGUUUGAUGAAAUGCUGGAGAGAAAUUUGUACACUUGGUCGGCAAUGAUAGGCGGAUAUUCAAGAGAGCAGAGAUGGACAGAAGUAGUUGAACUUUUCUUUUUGAUGAUGGGUGAUGGAGUACUGCCUGAUGCUUUUCUUUUCCCAAGAAUACUACAAGCUUGUGGGAAUUGCGAGGAUCUUGAAACUUUGAAGUUGAUGCAUUCUGUGGUUAUUCGAUGUGGGUUGAGCUGUUCUAUGCGUGUAAGCAAUUCUAUUUUGACGGCAUUGGUUAAAUGUGGGAACUUGAGUUUGGCUAGGAAGUUCUUUGAGAACAUGGACGAAAGAGAUGAGGUCUCUUGGAAUGCUAUAAUAGCUGGCUAUUGCCGGAAGGGACAUGGCGAUGAAGCUAGGACUUUGCUCGACACGAUGAACGAUCAAGGAUUCAAACCGGGUUUGGUUACUUGUAACAUACUGAUUGCUAGUUAUAGCCAGUUGGGGAAAUGUAAUCUUGUUAUAGAACUGAAGAAGAAGAUGGAAAGUAUGGGGAUCACUCCUGAUGUCUAUACUUGGACUUCGAUGAUUUCGGGUUUUGCUCAAAGCAGCAGGAUUAAUCUGGCAUUGGAUUUCUUCAAGGAGAUGAUUCUAGCAGGGGUUGAACCAAAUGCUGUAACUAUUACGAGCGUGUCGUCGGCGUGUGCUUCCUUAAAAUCGCUGCAAAAAGGACUGGAAAUACAUUGUUUAGCUAUUAAAAUGGGAAUUGCUCAUCAAGUAUUGGUUGGGAAUUCACUUAUUGAUAUGUAUUCUAAAUGUGGAAAAUUGGAAGCUGCUCAUCAUGUCUUUGAUACAAUUUUAGAAAAAGAUAUUUAUACGUGGAACUCGAUGAUUGGAGGAUAUUGUCAGGGUGGAUACUGUGGUAAAGCUUAUGAACUUUUUAUGAGAAUAAGGGAAUCAAAUGUAAUGCCUAAUGUUGUGACAUGGAAUGUGAUGAUAUCAGGGUGUAUACACAAUGGAGAUGAGGAUCAAGCUAUGAACCUCUUUCAAAUGAUGGAAAAUGAUGGGGAGGUUAAUCCGAAUACGGCGUCCUGGAAUUCUCUGAUUGCAGGGUACCAUCGGCUCGGUGAAAAGAACAAAGCUCUAGCAAUAUUUCGACAAAUGCAGUCUCUUAAUUUUAAUCCUAAUUCAGUGACUAUCUUGAGUAUCUUACCAGUUUGUGCAAAUGUAAUGGCAGAGAAGAAAAUAAAGGAAAUCCAUGGCUGUGUGUUGCGUAGAAACCUGGAAACGGAGCUUCCUGUUGCGAACUCGCUUAUAGACACGUAUGCCAAGUCGGGGAACAUUCAAUAUUCAAGAAACAUCUUUGAUGGCAUGUUGUCGAAAGAUAUUAUCACCUGGAAUUCAAUUAUUGCAGGAUAUACUUUACAUGGUUGCUCAGAUGCUGCAUUUCAUUUGUUUGAUCAGAUGAAAAGGUUUGGAAUUAGGCCGAACCGAGGUACACUGGCUAUUUGUUUGUUUCCCCCACAGAAUUCUGAUGGUUCUCGAAAAAUCAAGCCGAUCUCGGCUGGGCCUUUUGGAGGAACAGGUGGAAAUUAUUGGGACGAUGGAGUUUUUUCGACCAUCAGGCAGCUGGUAAUUUGCCAUGGAGCUGGUAUCGACUCGAUCAAGAUUCAAUAUGAUGUGAAGGGAAGUUCGAUUUGGUCAGAUAAACAUGGAGGAAACGGUGGCACUAAAACAGACACGGUGAAGCUUGAUUUCCCAGACGAGUACUUGACUAUGAUCCGUGGACACUAUGGUAGCUUUGUGUCGUUCGAUAAAGUUUAUGUUCGAUCCCUGACUUUUAUGAGCAACAAAAGGAAGUUCGGGCCGUAUGGGGUCGAACUAGGAACGAUUUUCUCGUUCCCUGCGACCGAGGGCAAGAUUGUUGGGUUCCAUGGCAGGAGUGGAUUGUACCUGGAUGCCAUUGGAGUUUACCUAAAGCCUAUGCCAAUACAAACGCCAUCUAAAGGAAUGAUUCAGUCACCGAAUUACGUUGCUUGUAAAGCUGAAAGUGAAGGCUAUUCAAUUAUACAAGGAAGUGUUGGCCAAAAUUAUGAUAUUGUUCUUGCUCUACGACAGAAGGAUGAAUUCAAAAGGCCUCUUCCAAAUACUAUCUCGAAACAAGUAUCUAGUUCCUCGAGCUCGGAAUCGAGUGAUGAUGAAUCCACAGACAAGGUGAGACGAAACCUUUUUCUUUGACGCUUUUAUUUGUCUUGUUUCUAAGUAAACUCAAAUAACAGUUGGUGAUGGUCAUCUCAGAGGCCGGUGAAGAAGGGACCGUCGAAAGUUGAAAAUGCGGUUCCGUGUGGACCGUGGGGUGGCUCGGGUGGAACUACGUUUGAUGAUGGACAUUACUCUGGUAUUAGGGAAAUUAAUGUGUCGCGCAAUGUCGGUAUUGUAUAUAUAAAAGUUCUGUAUGCUUGGGACGAGGAAUCUAUAUGGGGAACCCGAGCAGGUGGAAAAGGAGGAUUCAAACAUGACAAGGUUGUUUUUGAUUAUCCCUAUGAAAUCUUGACUCGUGUAACUGGAUAUUAUGGGCCUGUAAUGUACAUGGGACCUAAUGUUAUCAAGUCACUCACAUUCCAUACUACAAAAGCAAAGUACGGGCCAUACGGGGAGGCGCUAGGAACCCCGUUUAGUACCAACGUCAAGGAGGGAAAGAUUGUUGGAUUUCAUGGCAGGAAAGGCUUGUUCCUAGAUGCUCUUGGCGUGCACUUAGUCGAAGGAAAGGUGAACCCGGCGUCUCGUCCUCCCUCCAGUGAAAUCGUUCCUGCUGCACCGCCACCACUUCUUGGAAAUGAGCUUGUCCCUUGGACUAAGAAAGUGGCCCCUUCAAAAGGAGGAGCACUUGAAGAGAUUACUCGUGGUGUCGUAAAAGAACCGGCACCCUGUGGACCAGGACCGUGGGGCGGGGACGGGGGUAAACCAUGGGAUGAUGGGGUAUUCUCUGGCAUUAAACAGAUAUACUUAACACGGUCUCUCGAAGCGUUUUGUUCAAUUCAAAUCGAGUAUGAUCGAAACAAACAAUCGGUUUGGUCAGUUAAGCAUGGAGGAAACAGUGGAACAAGCAUACAUCGGGUAAAAUUGGAUUAUCCACAUGAAGUACUGACUUGUAUAUCGGGAUAUUACGGUUACGUCGGUAAAGGCGAGCGACAACAAGUUAUUAAGUCGCUUACUUUUUACACAAGUAGGGGGAAGUUCGGUCCGUUUGGGGAGGAGAUAGGGAACUUUUUCACGUCGACGACGACGGAGGGCAAAGUGGUUGGGUUCCAUGGACGAAGCAGCUUGUAUUUAGAUGCCAUUGGAGUUCAUAUGCAACACUGGCUAGGAGGCCAAAGGGCAUCCAAAUCGUCUAUGUUCAAACUGUUCUGAUGUGAAACUGUGAGAGAAGUAAUAAAGUUGGGAGGGAAAAUAAUGUUUGACCUAAUCUAAUCAAUAACGUUUAUCAUAUUAUUCCCUGCAUAUGAUCAUA